GCACACUCAGUUGUUUUCCUCACUCGAAACUUUGAGAAACACUCAUUAAGUGUCACAGCUUGUUAUACACGAAGCCCCCUCGACAUGGACAUAUGAUGAAACUGACAUAUUCAACAAGUCGUCGGAGAAGCCGCAUUUUGUUUUUCCACACCGGGACAACGCUCACUCCGUGAGAGGAAUCCAGCGGGACGUGUUGUUCAAGUUAUCAUAACCACCUGUUGUGCGACGUCAGUGUUCGCUCAGCCCCUGAGAGCGAAGGCAUCACGGUCCCAGUAUGUGGACACAUCCCGAGAAUACUGUGGAGCUACUACAGGACUACAGAAGGACUACAGAGCCAAAUAAACAUACAUAUCCAUACAUACCAACAGCUCAGCAGAGACAGACAGAGAAAGCUCUACAGACAACAUGUCCAUCAGUCCAUCUCGCAAGCAGGAGAGGAAAGGCAGUUUCUUCAAGCUGAUCGACUCAUUUGCCUGGGAAAUCGGCACACUGAAGAAGGAAAUGGGAAAUAAAACUGAACCUGCAGAAGGAGACCACAACACAGACACACUCCUCGGGCUGGGGGAAGAGGUGGGAGGUCUCUUUCUGCAGGCGUCGCCUUGUGCUGGAAUGGGAGCAGGGCCGGCCGGAGCGAGAGAUUCAGGCUACGACUCCCUCCAUCGGCGGCUCAGCGUUCUGGACAGACUGGUGCAUACACAUGCUGUGUGGCUACAGCUGGGCCUCAGCCGCCACAACGCCACCCGUAUACUGCAGAGCCAACCCACUGGGACAUUUGUGGUCAGGAAGUCGAGCAGCCUGCAGAAGAAAGUCAUUUCUCUGCGUAUGGACAAAGACUCUGCAGUUCCCGUCAAAGACUUCCCUGUGAAGGAGAGCCAGUACACUUUCUCCUUGGAGGGAUCAGGCCUGAGCUUCGCAGACCUUUUCCGUCUGGUGGCUUUCUGCUGCAUCAGCAGGGAUGUGUUGCCCUUCACUCUGAAGCUCCCAGAGGCCAUUGCUUCAGCCAGAACAUCUGCUGAUCUUGAGGAGGUCGCUAAACUUGGAGCAGGCUUCUGGGAAGGCAAUCAGUUGUGCCACAAGACGAAGGGCUCAGUCUCAGGAAUAGGUGCUCCCGACAGACCACCUCCACCUUCCCAGAGCACAGUCUCCUUGGCAACCACCCCAGGAUACCCUCAGCUUCGAACUCGCACACCAUCUGAGCUUGAUUGUUGCCAGUCUAAUGGAGCUCUUUGCUUCAUCAACCCCCUCUUCAUAAAGGUUCACCAACCAGACGGAGACACCGCUUCAGGUUCCUCAGGCACAACAAAGCAAGGCCUGAGGGAGGAACCUGUUAGAAGCAACCUAGAUACUGACAACAAGGACACUCAACGCUCUGACGACUGUAGCUCAGAUCACAGUGACAGCAGCCAGGCACGUCAAAGCAACCUGCAGAGCCUUGGCAGAAACACCGGGCUACAGGACGAUAACAGUGAAUCCAGCAACAGCAGCAGUCAGAAGCUGAGCACUGCAGACAGUGUGUCACGGUCCCCCCCUCCGCGCCCACCACCACCUCACUUUACGUCACGGCGCUCUGCCCGUCCUCUCCGACAGCGCAGUAUGCCGGAGAAGAUCUCUUGGAUCAAUGUCCCCAAGGAGAAGGUGGAGGAGAGGGAAAGGGAGAGGGAGAGGGGGAGCAGCCUCCUUUCUCGCCUUGGCUCUUCGCUAAGCAUCAGCCCCUCAUCCUCACCUCCCAAGAGACUCAGCAUCAGCUCCCCCAUAUCGAUCCCUCGGCCCUCCCUGCCGAUCUCUCUAUCAUCUCUCUCCUCCUCCCCACGUCGGGUAAAAGCCUCACCAUCAUCCAGUCAGGAGGAUGCCCAGUGCCACUUGGCGCUAGAGGAACAGACUAUUGAGAAGGCCCUUAAAAGGGCAAAACUGCGUAAUACUAGCAGAACCUCUGACCAGGACUCGAGCAGUCCUCCAGACCCUUCACUGACAACAAGCAAACCGUCAGUUGUAGCAGGAGAAGAAGAAGAAGCAGUCAAGCAAUGCGGUAGCGGUGGCCAGCGGCUGAGCGACAUGAGCAUUUCCACAGAUUCCUCAGACUCUCUGGAUUUCUCCCAGUCCUCGGCCUUCUUCCUUCCUCCUCUGCAUGACCCCAGCCCCCCCACUGUGGCUGACUUCAACACCCACCUCCCCCUCUCCCUCCCACCUCCCCACCUGCCUUACUGCAGCAUGGAGGAGGAUGACGACGAUGAAGAUGACGAGGACGAGGAGGAGCCCGACUAUGGCGUCAGUCUCGAGAGUGACCAGGACCAAGACCAGGACCUGACCAUGGUGCCACCGGGACACCGCACAAAGCGGCGCCCCAGCGCCAGCGCUCUGGUGCUGCAGAAGGCCCUGCGAGGACAGCUGCGCAAGAUGAGCGGCGUUUUCAACUCGCUGCUGACACCGGAGAAGAGGGCGAUCCGCAGGGUGGUGGAGCUGUCCAGGGAUAAAGGCUCGUAUUUUGGCUGCCUGGUGCAGGACUACCUCAGCUACAUGGGCGAGGGGGCAGGCACCCAGGCUUGGCAGGGCUACGCCUCUGGACUGGAGCUUCUGCAGACUCUGCGCCAGUUCAUCACUCAGAUGAAGAGCUACCUGCGACAGAGCUCUGAGCUGGAGCCUCCAAUUGAGAGCCUCAUUCCAGAAGACCAGAUUGACCGGGUCCUGGAAAAGGCCAUGCACAAGUGUGUCCUGAAGUCCCUCAAACCAGUGGUGAGCGUGGCCCUGCAGGAGUUCCAGGUACGCAGUGGCGAGUGGCAGGAGCUGAAGGAGAACCUGUCAUUGGCCAAGGCCAGGCCUCCGCAGGAAAUGGGAGUGGCCGACACACUGCCCCCAGACCCCAUGGCCAUAGAGAAGAUCAAGCAUAAGUUCCUCACCAUGAGCAAACUGUACUCCCCUGAGAAGAAGGUCACCAUGCUGCUGAGAGUCUGCAAACUCAUCUACACCAUCAUGGAGGACAAUUCAGGUCGUCUGUACGGUGCUGAUGACUUCCUGCCCAUGCUGACCUACGUGCUGGCCCAGUGCGACAUGCCGCAGCUGGACAAUGAGAUACUUUACAUGAUGGAGCUGCUGGACCCAUCACUGCUUCACGGAGAAGGUGGUUACUAUCUGACCAGCGCCUAUGGGGCUAUGUCCCUGAUCAGAAACAUCCAGGAGGAGCAGGCAGCCAGAGUGCUGAGCUCUGAAACCAGGGACACACUCCACCAGUGGCACCGCCGGCGUACCACCCAGCGCUCUGCCCCAUCCUUUGAUGACUUCCAGAAUUACCUACGGGUGGCGCUGCAGGAGCUGGACAGUGGCUGCACAGCCAAGACUCUGCAGGUCCGACCUUAUGCCACCGUGGAGGAGGUGUGUCAGCUGUGUGCCCACAAGUUUAAAGUGUCAGACCCUGAGAACUACAGCCUGUUCCUGGUGGUGGAGGGCAGCAGCCAGCAGCUGGCACCUGACACCCACCCCCAAAAGAUCAAGGCUGAGCUCCACAGCCGCUCGCAGGCCACUCCCUUCCACUUUGUGUUCCGCCGCGUGGCCAACCUCAAGACCUCGUCGUCACCAGCUCCCCCGAAUCCUACACUCAACCUCAACGACCUCACUGUGACCUCCGACAGCCAGGCCAACCUGAAUGACCUCAGCAUGGACCCAUCGGCCCCCUCUGCCCAGCCCAGUCUUAGCUUGAGUCCUACUCUGAGCCUCAGCCUGCCACCCAGCCACCUCAAUGGAAACUCCAUAUCGAUAUGACUGUAGCAGGGGGACUCACUGACAGUCUGAACAGGGUCUUUGUCUCCCAGCUGUGACAGUGUCGCCCGUCAUCUCCAACAAACAAGGUUCCGUGAGACUGAAAAGGGUCAGCAUGUUGACAGAGUUCAACUGGGCAAGAUGCUGUGUCGUGCCAGUCCUUACAAAGCCUGACUUCUCCUUUUGGACGACACAUUUCCUCUCGCUGGAAAGUUUUGUCUGACAGACAUGGGUGAAAGAGGAAAAGAGGAAAGCAGGGAAGGAAGUGAGAGAGAUGGAGUUUUUUUGUUUUUAACUUCCUUGGCAUCAGAGCAACUUGCUGAACACAAGUCUAAACACACUUCAGGUAGAGAUGUUGGAGAUACUGUAAAGACCACAUGAACUAAAAUGUGUUCCCACUCCUGCAUUAUUGCUGCAGGUGCUGAUUCAGGGUAAGCUGUUCUUGUUGUUACCUUUAGGGUACAUAGAGGGAAAUCAGAUCUCAGACAUAUGAGAGACUAAUCUUUGAUCAAUCACUUUAAACAUACAACAGAUUUUUUUAGGUGAUAGAUGUAAGUUUGAUUUACUUGUUACAGUUGCUGGUAAACUGUGUUUUUAUGCUGUUUGUGUUUUGAAACUGUUAAUCCUUCAGAUUGUUGGGAUGUUUUCGUGGGUGUUGCUGACACCUAGUGGCGACUAGUGCACACAGCAAUGUAAGAUUCUCCAAGCGGUCAACAUUUAUGGAAGCGGGACAAAUUCAUUAGAAACAAAUGCAAGAGGAAGUCAGCUGUAAGGCUAGAUGAAAACGUCUAUAUAAUGUUAAAAAAAAACAAAAAAACGACAACUAUAAAGAGCCCCAUUGUGCAACUUUUUCUGGACUGACUCAGUGAUGCUGUAGCUGCUGGCUUGUGGUUUGGUGUUACACAUGUGGUGUGUUUUUCAAAUAUUUUCAGAGUUCUGUUGGAAGCAGAACAUGAUUCGCCUCUGAGGGGCAGUAUACCUUACUCUACACAUUAAAAGAAGACCUGUACUGAACCACAACAAACUAGCAAACCGAAUUAACCGAACCAUAAAAAACACACCAGACAUUUUGUCUUUUUUUUAAUCCACACAGUCUUGACACCUACAUUACCCACAAUGCAACUCGACCACUGAAAUUUUCCAUCAUAGAUUGGGAUGUGUUUUGCUAGUAGUAGCUAAUGUCUCCUCAAGCAGAGAGGAAGAACAGGCUACAAGGUGUGGUGACAUCUCUAACUUCAUGACUCCAGAGUUUUUGUAGUCUUCAGCAUCAACCAACACUGACUCAUGUGACAUCACUUGAGUCAAUUUGUCAGCCUUCACACAAAAGCAGCAGUACUUUCCAAGAUCCGGAAACACACGCUGAUGUGCCAAGACUUUGUCUUUUUCUUUGUAGACUUGCUGAUAUAUCAGAGGCUCCUUUUCUGUGUUGACUUGAAACUGGAAGAGAAUCUAAAGAUAGUGAAUCUCUGUCAGAUCUUUGCUGUGGCUCCAUCACUGUUUGAUGAGCCUCUGGCUUUUCCCUUCUGUCUUCGACAUGCAGCAUUUCCUGUGCAUCAAAGCUGCAUAUCUGCAGGUAGAUCCCAACAUUAUCGUCAGGGCGUAUAAUAUACAUAAUGCCUCAUUUUGAUAUGAUAAUCUUAAGGAUUAACAUUUUAAACUUUGUGCAUGUAGUUUGUUUAAUGUUAGAAACAGGCAGGUCUGCCAGUGUUCAAAAAAUGUAACAUUCAUUUAUAUAUUUACUGAUUAUCCUGGUGAUAUGAAAGAUACUGUAUCAUAGCUGAUAGAUAUUGUUUUUUUAAGGGCAUCCUUUUCAUUCAGAUUGAUAAUAUGUGACUGAGGAGCAACUGCGGCUGGCUGCCGUCUUCUAAUUCUAGAAGUCUCUGUAAUACUGACAAACGUUAAAGGUUUUUAAUCCUGGUGGGAUACGUGGGCUUUAAAGCUGGUCUGAGGUCACACAGUGAAACGUAGAGAAAGACAAUGUGCAAGAAGAUAUGUGCAGGUACAGCGGACAAGGAGGGGGAAUGUUACUGAGAUGGGCGCACUCUGCAAUCCAGUCUACAUCAGUAUUGAGUUUGGUACUGUCAGUCAAAUACUUGAAAUUUUUUGUGAAUUUCUAAGGUUCCAGUAGUCAGAAAGUCAAAUAGAUAUGCUGUUUAUUUACCGAGCGUAUUGAAGUAUAACACUCCAUCCUUUCCUGUUUUACAUUGAUGAGAUGUGUGAGGCGAGGUGAGCACAGAGGGGACUGAAAAGUGAUGCAGCUGAAGGAAACCUGAGACCUGUCGGAGGCAGUCGAGUAGCAUUAAUGUCAUGUAUCAUCUGUAUGUAACCUGUACAUAGCUCACCAUGUUUAUCUAGUUUGAGUUGUCUCAUACUGCCAUGUUAUUGGUGAUCUAACUUCACUUCUUUGAUAAAGCAAAGUGAGUAUUUAUGUGUCUCUGUGCGGGGAUUUUUCACAGACGGCUUUUCCAUAUCUAUAAUAUUCUAUAUGGUGUCAAAAAACAUCUGUCAUUGAAUGAUGUCAUAAAUAUUCUUUUGCACUUAAUAAAUGUUUAAAAUGGA